UGUGAUGGCAAAUCYAGAAAAAUAAUGUUUUUGAAAUGUAACACCAACAACCUAGCUGAGACUGUGUUGCAUUUGUUUGAAGAAACUAUUGAAGAGAAUGGCAGGUUGUGGCCAUCUCGUAUAAGAGUUGAUCAUGGUGUCGAAAAUGUGUUGGUAUGUGAUGCAAUGGUUGCUAGAAGAGGAGAGGGAAGAGGUAGUUUCAUAGCUGGUUCUUCUACUAGAAACCAAAGAAUUGAAAGGCUGUGGCGUGAUGUUUUUCGUUGUGUUUGCCAAUUYUUCUAUUAUCAUUUUUAUGCAAUGGAACAAACUGGAAUACUUAAUGUUGACAAUCCCAUCCACAUGUUUGCACUUCAUCUUGUAUUCAAGCCAAGAAUAAACUGUUCACUCAAUGUAUUUAAAAACAUGUUCAACAAUCAUGGCCUUUCAACAGAAUCUAGUUGGACUCCAAAUCAAAUAUGGCUCAAUGGAAUGCUGAAUGAAAGUAAUCCUCUAAGCCAAAAUGGUUUGGAUGAUGUCGAUGCUGACACAUUUUAUGGUGAAGAUCCAGAAGGCCCAUCUCCUUUUUCAAGCUCUGAUAAUAAUGUCAUUGUCCAACCUGUUGAAAUUUCUCAUGAAGAAGAGUUAUCUGAAUAUGUUCUUCAGCAAGUGAACCCAAACAUGAAUUCAACACAAGCUGGCAUUGAUUUAUAUGAAAGAGUUCUGUCUCUUGUUCUGGAAAAACUUCAAAYAUUUUGACUUUUAWUACAUCUCACAUGCAUUAUAAAUGACUGAUAAAGCCUGUCCUCUUAUUUGACAAUGCGCAUAAAUAGAUAUUCUAAAAGUGUAUGCAUACCAUUAAAGGCUUUCUUUUGUGCCCUGGAACAGAAUGGUCAUUU